GCCGAACACGUCGCCCUUGUUAUUGUGCUCGAAUAUAUCGUGGUCCAUACCGAACCCAUUCUGGCACACGCUCUCUCCUGCACAUUUCCAUCGUCACGAUGUACGAGCCGAACGGCGGCCAGUUUGCGAACAUCAAUGGCAACUCGUUUGCAAACUCUCCCUUUCUUGACCCUUCUAUCCUCGCCAGUCUUUCCCAAUCAACGUCUUCGGCACCUGCCCAACAGAAUAAUAACUCGUCAGACUCGCAGAUAUAUCCCAACCUGUUCCAGUUCUCCAAUGCGCUUCCCACAACCCAGCCGUCUGACGCCUCUUCGAACCAGGGCAUCCAGUUAGAGGUGCUGAGAGAGACGCGGCGGAUCAGAGAGUUGGAGUUGCGCAUAGCUGAGGAGCGUCGAAAGGAGCGAGAGGCCGAUCUCGCUCUCGCCACCAUAAGCACCCCUUCGACCAACAGCACUUCCACCCAACAAGUCCAGAACAACCUGCCGUCCUUCCAAUCCAACCAACAGAAUCAAUCCGCCUUCCCAUCCUCUUCCAACCAACAACAGAACCAAUCCAUCUUUUCAUCCUCCUCCAACCAGCUGCCUUUCCAAUUGGGCCAGUCGUCCCUCCACUCGUUCGGAGAUAACAAUGCCUUUAACUGGCCGGAACUCCAUUCGACUCAGAACGUCAUGCACGAUUUCAGUUCAGCGAAUACGACGCUGGAUACGUUGUUAGACUCUGCCCAGGCAGAGUUCAUGGCUUCUUGGUUCCCUCAAGAAGAGACUCUACCAGGCCCUGGUAGUUCCACCUCUGGCUCUGGCUCCGGCUCUGGCUCCGGACUAGCAAACACCCCAGCUACGAGUAUCCUCUCGUCCGAUCACACCUUUCCAGAAACACCACAAGAAGAACCGUCAGGACAAUCUUCAGCAGCGACCACGAGCACGCCCUCAGUGGGUUCUAACCGUGAUCACGAAUCUCCGAGUUCCGAGAGCCACAGCGACGAGACCCCCGCGACCUCUGCCUCCGCCUCCGGUUCCGCCUCGACCCCAGCUUCCACCUUCGCCUCCGCCUCCAAAUCCAAGAAAAAGACGAACAAGGCCUUCCAAGACCGCGAACUCUACUGCAAAGGGUGCGGCACGCACAUGGCCCGACUCAUGCUCCGCGGCUCGCAAGAGGACCUCGACGUCCCGUACGACCUCUAUUACAAGUGCGCGAAAUGCUCGCCCAUGCUGCCGACGAGCACGUCCGGCUCGACGAUGAACUCGAAGAAGCGGACGAAUGAGAUGGAGGACACGGCGGCGAUGGCGAAGUGUGAUGUUUGUGCGCACUUUCAGGGGCAUGGGGGGUUCAUGCCGAAAGAGAGGUCGACGAUUCAGUUUACGGCGGAGAUGAUAUGCAUUCCUUGUUCUAAUAAGUAUCAACGGUGCACGAAUUGUGGCGGGACGUCUGCGCGGGGCGUCGUAGGUAAAUGGAGAUGCAAGGAGCUUUUCACCGACGGCAGGAAGACGUGCAAUCUUUCGCACGCGAGACUUGGAACGCUCGAUAUGGAGCUGACCGUCUGGGAGAUCCCGGACGACGUCGAAAACCGCCCAGAAUUGACCGCCCUUUUCGAGUCCUGCGAGAAUCUAUGGCAGGAGCAUGUCUACUCACGACUCGCCGUCCCCGAAGUCCUCGAGCACCAAAACCUCGUCAAGACCUUCGCCGACAUCGAAACCAAAAUAAUGAGAAAAGACUUCCCACAAAAAGAAAUGUUCCUCACGCCUCCGAAAUCGCCCCUCCACCGGCGCUUCGUGUCCUUCCAGUGGGCGAAACUGCGGCCGCGGAGGGACAAGUCGAAGCCGGAGUGGACGAUGAUCGACGAGGCGACGAAGGCGAAGGACGGCUGGUUGACGUAUAAUACGAGGCGGUCGACGACGCUGUGCCCGGCGAAUUCGAUAUUGACGGCGAUGUGGAUGACGGAGUGGGUCAUUCCGGAGCGGUCGGUGCUCUUGACCUCGAUGCUGCUCUACGACCACCUCGGUUUCGACGACCGGGGCGUGCUGCACUGUGGAGAACAAGUGCGGAAGGUGUUGAGGACGGUGAUCAGCCAUAACGCGGAUAAUCCGAACGAUCGCUGGGAGGUCCCAGAGCAUUUCUGGACGAUCUAUCAGGAAUCACCCGUCUCAACCCACCUCCGCCUCCCCGACGGUGUCCGCCGCUUCUGCUUCAAAUCCCUCGAAGAAUACCUCGAGCGGAACGACCGCGCCUCGCCCGCGCUCUUCACGCGCGAGACGUGCGGCCUCGCGGACAGUAUCGCGGCCAGGGCGCCAGAGCCGGACGGGGCGUUCAUGGUGAUGGUGAUGGGGCCGGGGCCGUCGAUGACGAUCGAUGCGAUUGAUAGGAUGCAGAAGCAGGGGUGUAUGAGGACUUCGAUGCGGAAGGCGCGGUGAGCUGUGAGCGCUGGACUGCGAACAUUCUAGGGUUAUUGGGUUUGUUGGUUACAGGCUUCGAGUUGCUACGGGAAGCUGUAUGAGUCGAAAUUACCGUGUAUAUUGUAAUAGGUUCUUUUCUUGCGCAUGCGUGUAUCACUGCUAUUCUUCCCUAUUAUUAUCUGAAUAAGACACGACAUCAC